AUGUCAAACCGCCCAAUCUGCGACGUCGACACGCCCGACCCCUGGGUCGUGGCAGCCAACGGCCGAUUCUACCUGACCUUCACGCUCGACAACCGCAUCGAGAUAUGGUCGUCGCCGACGCUCGAGGACUUUGGCAGCUGCGCCAAGUCGAUCAUCUGGCAGCCGGCGGCGGGCUCGGCGUGGUCGGCCAACAUCUGGGCGCCGGAGCUGCACUACCUGGCGGGGCGGUGGUACGUGUACACGUGCGGGGCGCCGCCGGAAGAGGGCAACGCGGGCCACCGGACGACGGUGCUGCGGUGCGCGGCGGGGCAGAACGACCCCAUGGUGGCGGCGGACUGGGAGUUCCUGGGCCCGGUGCGCGGCAUGCCGGCGGACCAGUGGGCCAUCGACGCGACCGUGUUCAGCCCGGACGGCGGCGGCCGCGAGCUCUACUGCUGCUGGUCGGGCUGGCCGCCGGGCGACCGCUCCGACACGCAGCAGGACCUGUUCCUGAUCCGGAUGCGGAGCCCCGAGGAGGCGGCGCCCGAGACCCUGGUCUGCAUCUCGCAGGCGCGGCUGCCGUGGGAGCGGCCCGACGGCGGCCGCCGCGGCGUCAACGAGGGCCCCACCUGGCUCGACGUCGCCGGCGUCUUCCGCGGCAUCGUCUACUCUGCCCACGGCAGCUGGACCAGCGAGUAUCGCCUGGCCCUGCUGGCUCUCGUCGGCCCCGACCCGCUCGAUCCCGCCGCCUGGGUCAAGAGGCCCACGCCCCUGCUCGUCAGCCACCGCGAGUGCCCCGGCCCCUACGGGCCCGGCCACGCCAGCUUCCUGCCGAACCCUCUCAACCACCAGAGCGUUUACUGCAUCUACCACGCGACUGCAGAGUACGGCCAGGGCUGGGCGAAUCGAAAGGCGAGGGUCCUGGAGCUCGGCGCAGCUUGUUUCGGCCCGCAUGCGACCGAGAUAUGUUGCUCUGGCCAGGGACAUGGUGGGCGUCAUCAUCAUCCUGGCGUUGUGUCGGGCCGGCGUACCAGAGACUCUUGCACUGUACAGUGA